AUGGAGACUGCCAUAUCUGCAGUUGCAAGUGAACUUGUGAGCCAGUUCAUCUCCUUCCUAAUGAACAAGUACAACUCCUUGAGCCAUGCCCAAUCAGAGGAGAAGGUGGUGCAGAGGUUGCAGCACCUCCUGAUGAGAGCUGGCACCAUCAUUGAGGAGGCAGACACGCGAUACAUAACCAACUCCGGGAUGAUGAUGCAGGUCAAGACACUCUCAAAGGCCAUGUACCAAGGAUAUCGUGUGCUGGACAAAUUGAGGUAUUGUGCCCUCCAAAACAGUGCAGGCUUCGACAAGGUUAGCAUCAAUGACUCGUCUAGCAGCAGCUUGCAAUUCAUUCCUUUCAAGCGUUUUCGAACAACAUCCAAGAAGGAUGACAAGGCAAUGUGCCUUGAGUCAUAUGGUGCCUUGGAAAGCUUAGAAAUUUCUAUUGCUAAUAUGGCAGAAUUUAUAGUUCUUCUGGGUGGAUGCGAGCGCAUGUCCCGUAGGCCGUAUGACAUUUAUCUUUACACUGACAAUUUCAUGUUCGGCCGACGCACUGAGAAGCAAAAGCUCAUGAGCUUCUUGUUGGAGAACAACAACCUUCCUGGUGAUCAUGCACUUGCAAUUCUUCCAAUCAUAGGAGGUGUUGGCGUUGGAAAGAAAACCUUGGUUGCUCAUGUGUGUGGCGACGAAAGGGUCCACUCACGCUUCUCAUCUAUUUUGCACUUGAAUGGACACAACCUCUUGACCAUACUUGACCAUGGAAGGACCAUGUUUGGGACGAUGUUGGUAAUUAUUGAGUUUGCUUCUGAUGUAGGCGACGAUGAAUGGAAAAUGUUUCACUCGUUUCUCAUAAGAAUGAGCAGAGGAAGCAAGAUCAUCAUCAUAAGUAAACUUAAAAGGUUAGCCCGGUUUGGAUCAGUGCAGCCUAUUUUCCUAAGUGUUCUGUCUUAUGACGAGUUGAGAUACCUUUUCAAGAAACUGGCGUUCGGGAGUGCAGACCCUGCAGAACAUCCAUGGCUAGUACAAAUAGCAGAUGAAUUUACCAAGGUGUUGUACAUUGUGCCAAGUACACUUCUUGCAACAAAUACACUAGCGGAUGUGUUGAGAAAGAACCUUAAUGUUCGGUUUUGGCUCUGCAUAUUGGACAAGGUGAUAAGAUAUGCCAAAAGAAAUGCCUCCACAUACGGUGUGCACCCAAACAUGCUUUUUGAAGAAGGCCAUCAUGUGGACAUAACAGAUAUUGCGCUGCAUCCACUUAGCGUGAAACGUUAUACAAUUGAUGUUUCAAUUAAGGAGGAGUCACCAAGUGUGACAAUGGGCGAACUUCUAGCAGAUCCAAGUGUUAGACCAGAAGGUGACUUCAUUCUAAUUGCAUGGGAAUCAAGGAUACCGCCUCAUAAUUUAGUUCAUCUUUUUGUCACAAGUCGUACUCAGGGUACACAUGAAGGGUAG